AUGCAGCGCACAGCGCGUGUCACGCCUCAGGGGAGCGCGCGGACUUUGGUGAGGGCUCGGGCCGCGAUGGGUCAGGCAGGGGCGCCAACGCUGUACACACACGUCCUGUGCCCGUACGCGCACCGCGCCUGGCUGGCGAUGCUGGAGAAGGGGAUCGACUUCAACAUGAGGCACGUGGACCUCAGCAACAAGCCCGCCGACCUCCUGCGAGUCAAUCCGCGGGGCCUCGUUCCCGCGGUCGAGCACGACGGGUCCGUGGUCGUCGAAUCCGCCGACAUUGUGCAGUGGGUGGAUGACACGUUCGCUGGACCGCCGCUCACGCCGGAGGACGCGGCGGCGGCGGCAGCCAUGCGGGACCUGAUCGACGGCCCUCUCGGCCGCGUGCAGUCGGCUGGCUUCAGUCUGAUGGCCGGGUCGACGGGCAGGUACUGGGGCAUCGGGUCGGGGCAGACGAGCGCGCACUGGGAGUCCUUCGUGGCGUCGUUGAAGCCGCUCGCGGACAGUCUGGAGCGCCACGGCGGGCCGUUCCUGGUCGGCGCGCACCCGACUGUCGCCGACAUCCUGGUGUACCCGUUCCUGGAGCGAUUCGACGUCGCAGCGCAGGGUAUGAUGGGGUUCGACGUGCGCGCCGACGACGUGCACGGCGGCGCGGUGGGGCGGUGGAUGGACGCGAUGGCGGCGCGGCCGAGCAGCGGGGUGGCGUCGCCGGACCGCGCGCUGCUGCUGCGUGCGUUCGAGAGACACAAGUCGCUGGAUUUCUUCGACUACGAGGCGUACGGCGAGUUCGACCUGCACCCGCACAACAAGCGGGCGUGA